GUCUUAUUCUUCCUACUGCUUGACUCUGAACACAUCGCCUCAUCUUGCAAAGCCGCGGUCAACGAACAAAGAAAGAUAGAUGUCUGACGAAGUGAAAGGAACGUCCUCCACUACCGCCAACACGGCCAACACUAGUCCAACGAGAGCUGGGACUCGAAAGACUCCCCAAUCUCCGCUCAACAAGGGCAAAGGAAAAGGAAAGGGAGCUGCUACUGGCGGUGAUGGUGAGGAUGAAUUGAUGGAUGAUGAACUGGAAGAGGAAGACGACGAUGAGGACGAUGAGGACGAUGAGGACGACGAUGAUGAUGAUGAUGAGGAGGAAGAUGACGAAGAGGAUGAGGAUGCAGAGAAGAUUGACCCGGGUAACAUUGUCGGUUCUCGAACACGUCGUAAUCGUCAACAAGUCGACUAUACAUCCGAAGAAGCCCAUAAGAAAGCUGGAUUGUCGAAGGACGAUGCGAUGGCUGAUGAUUGAGCAAGACAA